CUAUAAAGUUGUGCAGUGCAGUGUCCUCGUCCUCACAAUCGUCCCGCCAGUCUGCCAGUUCAGCAGCCUCUUUAUCUGCUCCAGUCUCUGCACAAACACACACACACACUCGCACAAUGGCUGAACGUGAUUUUUUUCUGGAACAGCAACAGAAAUUUUGGCAGAGCCACCAACUUGAGUGGAAGCAGCAAUUACUCAUGCAGCGACAGCAUCAAGCCGGCGCCGGCAGUUUGCCUGCCGAAUCCACCACCCCGACGAGAUGCCAGAAGAGGCAUAGGACUUCAAGCGAGGCGUCCACGGCCUCGUCGACGACUCCCACUGGGAGCUCUGGGGCGAAGAGAGGGCGGCCCUCAGCAGAGACCGUCCAAAGACUGAUCGAGGAGGGUUUGAGCAACCCUGACGCCAAAAAUAAAUGUGAGGUGUGCGGCCGCAGUUUCGAUCGUGCGAAGGCCCUGAAGAACCACGUCAUGGCCCACAACCGCAUCACCCCACACCGGUGCACCUUUCCUGGCUGCAGUAAGGUUGCCACUCAAAGUGGCAACAAGAAAACUCACGAGAGGCGCCACGCGGGCGACUACAUGUUCAUCUGCCCGCAUCCCGGUUGUGGCAAAGAAUACAUGCACACCAACCGGGAGUGCCCGCAUGAGGUCGAAGGGGCUGACGGCGUAAAGGAAAUUGUGAAAGUUGGGGUGGUCCUUCGCCCGGACAAGUUCAACAUGCUUCGUCCGGACCUGAAGGAGUGCGUCACUCCGGAGCAAUUUGAGUGGCUGGCCGAAUACGCCAAAAAAAACAAUAAAAUAUAUGUACCUCCGUCCACGCCUGCCCGACCCGUCGACCCGGUUCCCCCAGCCGCCGUUCGCACACCAAAAAAACCGCAAAGGGCACGCAAGGAACUGGAUGUGGACACCCAGGAGAACAUCACCCCUCCUUCUAAUGAGCCGAGGGAAGAAGACGUACAACCCGCUCCCCCAGCCGCCGUUCGCUCCCCAAAAAGGCCGCAAAGGGCACGCAAGGAACUGGAUGUAGAUAUCCAGGAGAACAUCACUCCUCCGUCUAUUGAGCCGAGGGAGCAAGAGCAGGGCGGCACCUUCGCCUGCAAGCUGAAGCGGCGAUGGCUCAUCCAAGCCCAUCAGGAGUCAACUCGACGCCUUGCUGUGCCCCUUGAAUGGAGCGAGCCGAAUCAGGACGAAGUCCAAGUUGCCAACCUCUCGCGCCCGACUGUGAUUGUUGGUGUUGAGCCGAUCAACGAGUCCGACGAUGAGCAGAGGGCUGCUCUCGCGCUUAUCGCGCUCUCUACGGCUGACUCGCCGGCUAACCGGCUCUCCAACAGCCCCAAAAAAAUAGAUAAUAAAUAGAUCCGAGGGUGCAAUUCUGGAGGAAAAACACGCUACGCUUUAUUAUCUUUAAUCGCGUUAUUUCCUCGUCUUUAUAUACUUACUUCUUUUCCUAUGUGCUAUCAACCAUACAGGGCACAUUUCGCAUUUCGUUCGGUAUGAGUCUGAAUUCUAUGAACCCGUAUCGGCCCACCAAUCGAAUUUUUACCAUUUUCUAAAAUGUGACCUCUUUAGCAGGAAUUGAUUUUUGAAUAAUUUGAUGUAACUGGUAGUGUUUUUAAAAUUUUCUGUUACGGGCGACAACCCCAAACAGAUUUUUCCUUCCACCUUGUAAGAUACGGUGUUUAUUUGAUGCUUUCAAAACAAAUAAAGUACUUUUAUAUUAAUUCCUCUUGAAAUAAUGCCAUACGACUUGAGAGUUAAGAAAUAAUGGAUGCUUAAAGAGAGCUAGUCACUUGGCAAUAAUAAAUACAGGCUAGAGGAACAUCUUUUCAACUUAAGAGUUAAGAAUUCUGAUGAUUUCAUAUUGAGCUUUACUGUAGACGGUUAUUCAUAAUUAAUGAUCCUGUCGAACCAGAAUACUCGUGCUGUAAGCAUUAACUAAAAUAAUGUCUUUCAUAUCUUAUAAUAAAAAAACAUAAAUAUA